AUGAAACUCGCAGAAGAUGUUCUGGAACCCAAAGAGCUCGGAGAAAGCUGUAUUCAUGCUCAGAAUGUGAGAAUUCACACAGGGGAGAAACCAUAUUCAUGUUCAGAAUGUGGGAAAUGUUUCUUUCGGAAAAAUCCACUUGAAGGCCACCAGAGAAUUCACACUGGGGAAAAACCAUAUUUAUGUUUAGUAUGUGGGAAAUGUUUUACUCUGAAAUCAUAUCUUGAUAGACAUCAGAGAAUUCACACAGGAGAGAAGCCAUAUUCAUGUUCCGAAUGUGGCAAAUGUUUUAUUCUGAAAUCAAUUCUUGAGUGCCAUCAGAGAAUUCACACAGGAGAGAAGCCAUAUUCAUGUUCAGAAUGUGGUAAAUGUUUUAAUCAAAAAUCAUCUCUUAACAGCCAUCAGAGAAGUCACACAGGAGAGAAGCCAUAUUCAUGUUCCGAAUGUGGCAAAUGUUUUAUUCAGAAAUCAAUUCUUGAGGUACAUCAGAGAAUUCACACAGGAGAGAAGCCAUAUUCAUGUUUAGAAUGUGGUAAAUGUUUUAAUCAAAAAUCAUAUCUUAAGUGCCAUCAGAGAAGUCACACAGGGAAACGCCCAUAUUCAUGCUCAGAAUGUGGAAAAUGUUUUACUAACAAAUCAAAUUUUAAAAACCAUCAGAGAAUUCACACAGGAGAGAAGCCGUUUUCAUGUUCAGAAUGUGGGAAAUCUUUUACUAAUCAAUCCGCUGUUCUUAAACAUCAGAUAAUUCACACAGGAGUGAAGCCGUAUUCAUGUUCACAAUGUGGGAAAUGUUUCUCUCACAAAUCCUCACUUAAAUGCCAUCAGAGAAUUCACACAGGGGAGAAACCAUAUUCAUGUUCAGAAUUAUGUGGGAAAUGUUUUACUCUGAAAUCAUCUCUUGAGAUACAUCAGAGAAUUCACACAGGAGAGAAGCCAUAUUCAUGUUCAGAAUGUGGUAAAUGUUUUAAUCAAAAAUCAUCUCUUAAGAGCCAUCAGAGAAUUCACACAGGAGAGAAGCCAUAUUUAUGUUCAGAAUGUGGUAAAUGUUUUAAUCAAAAAUCAACUCUUAAGAGCCAUCAGAGAAAUCAUACAGGAGAGAAGCUGUAUUCAUGUUCCGAAUGUGACAAAUGUUUUAUUCAGAAAUCAAUUCUUGAGAUACAUCAGAGGAUUCACACAGGAGAGAAGCCAUAUUCAUGUUCAGAAUGUGGUAAAUGUUUUACUCAGAAAUCAUCUCUUAAGAGCCAUCAGAGAAGUCACACAGGAGAGAAGCUGUAUUCAUGUUCUGAAUGUGGCAAAUGUUUUAAUCAAAAAUCAACUCUUAAGAGCCAUCAGAGAAAUCAUACAGGAGAGAACCUGUAUUCAUGUUCCGAAUGUACAUGCCACAUCGAGGAAACAUCGUUGGUUUUCAACCAUGAAAUCGAUGAGAAGGAGUACGAAUCCUGCCAACAAGGAAAGGAUAAGGAGCGGGUGGAAGAACAAGUCUCUAUAGCUGAUGCAGAGAUGAGUCAGAGCGUCAACAACUAA